AUUUGCAGAUUAUCCUUAGAGUGUGCACAUUAGAAUACUGUAUCGAUACUAUUACGAUUUCUGCAACGCCGUAGUUGCUGAUUCGUUGAAAUCUUGCCGACUCGCUACCCAAUUAUAUUUAAAUUCAUUUAUAUAUUUCCCCCUUUUGAAAUCAAUACCACACUCAUUACAAUGAAAUGUAGCCUUAAAUUCAGACCAAAAAAAAAAAAAAAAAAAAAAAGACGCGUAAAUUGUGUCCAAAAUAUUGGGAGUAUCGGGUGAUAGAUAUAACGGAUCGUCUUUCUGACAGAUAAUGGGCCUAAUGACUGUUCUACAGGGUGUCCGUCUGUCUAGUUCUUCAGACCCCGAAUCAAGUCAUUUAAAAUCUUCUUUAUCAUGUUUAUAUUCAAAAUUCAUUGUUGCCAAACGAAAUACGAGAACUUAACAAAAUAUUGCAACUCUUUUGAUAAAUAAUUACAUACACUAUAUAUAGUUUUUGUUAAUCUUGGGUGCAUUGUAUUGUAACCCAAUGGUGGACAGAUGUGUGUUUGGGAUUAAUUGUCAUUUAAAUAGCUAGACAUGCACAGAAUCACGAUUGUUCAAUACUUUAUCGGAUCGAGUGGCUUCAAGAAGUAAUGGAAUGAGCAGAACCUGUGGUGUAAAAAUCUAUAUCAAAUUUAAUAAUCUGUGUAGGUUUGAUCAAUGAAUCUUUUUCCUUAAGUUCACAGGAAGAAAUCUGAUGUCCUCCGAAACUCGACACUGCCACUACGACAGACGACGCUGAACUAAAACUAAGGAUCUAUAAGGAGCCAGUGCUGCGAACGUACAACAGAUGACAUUGAAAUCUAAACAAGGAAUAUUAAUCUAAAGAUCUAUAAAAAGCCCAACCAAGAAGCAACGGAGGAUAAUAGGAGGCAGGUCUUAUCAGAGAAAACAAAAGCGGAUCACUUGUGAUGUGCCAUGCGAACGCUGCGAAAAUUCAGACAGGAACUGCAGAGCAUCGUAUCAAUUUAUCAACUGUAUUAUGGAUAACGUAAUAUCCGGGCUACGGAGAGUGACACCGCUCUGUGAUUAUCGUUAUAUAAUUCCUAAUUAUCGCUAACUUUUUUUUUACGGCGUUUAUUAUCUUUUAGAUGGGAUGUGCUCUAAGGUGGCUCCAAAACUAUAAAACACUACCGCUAAAUGAAACCUAGCAGAGACCAGGAAUUUACAGCGAUCUGGUUUUAUUAAGAAAAGAAAAUUCGGUUCAACACCAAGUGACCAUGGAUAACUUAUUGUAUUUCUUGAUAGUUUGGACAUUGGUGACAAUUUUCAGUGGUCAGUGUGCUCACGGCAGAGGGUGUUACACAGACCCGAAAAUAUACAUCGCGAAGGUUCCACAAGAGCGACAACUAAUAGUGAUACUGGACGCCAUGAGAGCUUGCUUAAACUCCACAUAUCAGACAAAGCCGACCUUAACAGGUUUACAUUGUCCCUUCGUGUUUGACAACAUAAUGUGUUGGCCGGAAACAGAAGCCGGGACAGUAUUGGAACAGGCCUGUCCCGAUUACAUAAACAAUUUUGAUAUACGAGGAAAGGCCCGUCGCGAGUGCUUACCGAAUGGGGAAUGGUAUGUCAAUCCUAGGACAAAUCGAACGUGGACUGACUUUAAUGAAUGCACACAACUCCAUGUAAAAGACCCGGGUGAUGAAUUUCUAAUGCUAAAGGAUCAUUUACCGACCAUACGGCGGUUAUACAUGAUUGGUUAUUCAAUUUCCCUGGCUGUCCUGAGCGUCGCCAUUGUAUUGAUGUUACGAUUCAGGAGAUUACAUUGUCAGAGAAACGCAAUUCAUAUCAAUUUAUUCGUUUCGUUUGCUCUGCGAUCUGUAAUAUGCCUGAUCAAGGAUAUCUUUCAUACUCCGGAGGGCAGCACAACCAUUAUCAAUAACACCGUUACAAUAACCUCCCUGGGAUCGAACUGGCCCUGUAAAUUGGUGUUUUCCAUAUUCAACUACAUCAUCGUGGCAAACUAUGUAUGGAUAUUCAUGGAGGGCUUCUAUCUGCAUAACAUCAUUUUCAUCACCACCUUCAAGAAGAGCAAGCGUUUCUUUCUGUACAUACUGUUCGGAUGGUGUUCACCAGUGUUGUGUAUAAUCCCCUGGGUAAUCGUCAGAAGAGUGUUGGAAGACACAUUGUGCUGGAGUACACACAGCGCGGAAAACAAAUUCGUAUGGAUCAUCAGAGGACCAAUCGUAGUCACUAUAGUGAUAAACUUCUUAUUCUUCUUGAACAUCGUCCGGGUACUCUUUACAAAACUGACAGCGUUACACAUGAGUGAUCCUCAUAGAUAUAGAAAACUGGCCCGCUCCACCUUGGUUCUGAUACCUCUGUUCGGGGUCUACUACAUGAUUUCUGUAGUCAUGCCUGAGUGCAUGGACCCGGAUGUAGAACUCAUCUGGUUGUAUACCGAAAGUAGCGUCAACUCUUUUCAGGGCCUCAUUGUUGCGAUUUUAUUUUGCUUCUGUAAUGGCGAGGUUCAACAGGAAAUUCGGAAAAAGUGGACCCGCCGCUGGAUGCUGCGUCGAUUCAGCACGGUGUCUUCUAGGUCAACACGUACUCUGUCUCUGGGGUCCACGGGUUUUGUGAAAGACAAACCGAUUCCUUCUGCCUUGUUCACUGAUGUCACUAUCAAUGUAACCAUUGACGACAGAUUAAAUGGUCACGUGGGAUCAAAAGACAUACAACCUGGGGACGGUAUAAUAAAUAACAAUAUACUCAAUGAAAAAACCCCGCCCACCAAUGAGCAGGCCCCGCCCACCAGUGAGCAAGACACUCUGUUGUGAAUGGCUUAUAACCUCAGUUUUGUGCAGCUACCGAAUGUUAUCAUAGUUUUUUUUUCAUGCGCUACACGUGCGAUGUGUAGACGAGUUAUUUUCUUUGAUAUGAUGUUGUUUCAUUGUUGUUUUCAUCCAAAUCAAGCAUGUGUGAUAUGUUUUUUUUAAUCAUAUAAUAAAUACUAUUUAACAGUUAUUAUAUGAAAUAGUAUUGAAAAUAAAACCAAGUAUACUUGUGUAUUAAACUGGAAACCUCAA